AUAGCGACCUCAGAAGCAGAUUGGCGAGCCAAAUAACGCCAGCAACGGAAGUUCUCGGAGCAAACGGAUGUCUUGAAAUCUUGCAAGAUGAUUUCAACGGGCGAUAUCCGCUCGUCCUAAGAAGACUCGACUACUUCAAUAGAAGACAAAUCGAUGGCGAGCUCUUCACAGAUUUUAUCUCGAAGCUGGAGGAGCUAAGCAAGCUCGCGGAUCUGGACAAGCUGACGACUGACGACAUCCUCGUUUUCAGCUCGCUAUGCGGAACAAAGAACAAAGAAUUACUGGACGACUUAUUGAAGGUGGAGGAUCCAAAUCUGAAGAAGAUAAAGAAGGCAGCAAGAGUUUUCGAAAGCAAAGCCACGACCAAAGCGAAACUCAAGAUAGCAGAUGCGGAAACCAUCUCCAAGAUAGAAAAACCCCGCCAGCCUCGCCAUCCUGGAAAUCAAAGACAGGAUUGGAGGAGCACCAACAAAAGCCAACCAAGAGGAUCGACCAAGCCAACGCCAAUGCCAGCCGUCAACGACGAUAGACCAUGUGGACGCUGCAACGUAAUGGGCCACCAUGCCAAGACAUGCUCGUGGCCGAAGGAUACCAUCUGCAAAGGCUGUAAGAAGCGUGGCCACAUCAAGCCAGCAUGCCGUGAGAGGAAAGCC